GUUUGAGUUGUCUGAGGAGGAAGAGGAGCGAGGACCUGAGUCAAAGAAAUGUCAAGUUUCCAGAGAGAAAAUGAAGCCGCUAAAUCUCUGUUCAGGAGACUCGAGUCUGCAGUCACUCCCAUCGUGUCCGGGGAGUACAGCCACCACCACCGGGACAGAGCGCCGAUGGCAGCCCGGGUUUCCUUCACCCAGAUCCGUAUGGAGACGGAGGUGGAACGCUGCCGGGCCGAGUGUCAGUGGGAGAGGAUGCCGGCAAUCAUCGAUCAGAUGCAGGCUGCGCGAUUCCACGAGGACGAUGACUACGGGAUGCUGCUGAUGGCUGAGGCCCUACUGGAGGAGUGCAUUCAGGAAAACAUUGACCUUUUACGGAGCUGCACGCCUUUAAUAGACAAGACCCAGCCCAAACUGUGCCGGGCCAAAGGACACCUCAACUCGGUCCUGAGCCGAGGCCGCCUAACACCCAGAUACCUGAACGAGGCUCUGCUGCUGAUGGGCAAAGUUCACUAUGUGCAGGGAAGAUACCGGGACGCUCAGGGGAUGUGUGCCAGGGUGGGACUGGAAGAGUUAACCCAGGAUGUACAGCCCACCUACCACCUUCGCCUGCUGGCUGAGGCUUUCAUCAUUAAAGGUCUGUCUCUGGAUCACCAGGCGAUCUCUUCAGUGUCUCGUGUCCGUCUGUCUGAGAGGGAGGAGGAGAGUCUGUCCUGCUUCCUGAGAGCCUGUGACGCAGCACUGUCCUACCUGCAGGAGCUUGAUAGGACUGUAUCAACCCCCCACUCCAAGAACCCCAAAUCCAGUCUGCUCCCUCCACCUCCUGACAUGGACCUUGGCUACUUCCUGCAGGCUGCGUUACAGAGUGCUUACCUGUGUCUGCUGCAGAGAGGUCAUCUUGCGCAGGGUUCACACCAGCUGCGCCGGGUGCUCAGAGUGAUUGAGUGCCGAGGGUCUCAGAGCUUCAGGAAGUCUGCAGCGAGGAAGCUAGCAGAGGUUCUGCUCAGCUCUGUCAGUGAGGACAGCUACUGGCCACCGCUGGGCCCCCCACCUACAGCCUGGCUCCACAGAGAGGGAGCCGCUGCCUCCAAAGAUGCUAUCUACCCCACUGUGAAGCCACCCCAGAGAUACAGCACUGAAGGUUGCUUCUGUCCUCAGGACGUGGUGGAGGAGGCUGUGCUGCUGCUGCUCGUCACAGAAUCCAUGGCCAGCGGUGAGGCAGUGAUCAGUCGUAUGCCUGACCAGGCCGAAGCUCGCCAGGCCAGCCUUCAGGAUGCCACCUCAGUAUACGACCUGCUCACCAUCGGCAUGGCCAGGAGGGGGCAGUACGGCAUGCUGUCUGAGUGUCUGGAGCGAGCCAUGAAGUUUUCUUUCAAUGAGUUCCACCUCUGGCACCAGCUGGGCCUGUCACUCAUGGCAGCCGGGAAGGGUGUCGGUGCAGUGUCUGUAUUUAAAGAAUGCAGCAGGAUGAGACCAGAGGACCCCUCGUUGCCCCUAUUGGCUGCUAAAGUCUGCAUUGGUCAACUUCACUGGUUCGAGGAGGCAGCAGCCCUGUCACAGAGUGUGAUAUCAAUGGGGGAAGAAGCCGCAGAGUUUUUACCAAGAGCAUACCUGGCUCUGGGACUCAGCUGCAGUCUGCAGGCAUCUGAUGCCACCUUAAAAGCUGAUCGUAAUGAGUUCAACAAACGAGCACUGCAAGCUUUGACCAAGGCUCACUCAUUAGACCUUCAGGACGCUCAGAUCGCCAUGUACCUGUCUCUGCAGCUGGCUCUCGUGCGCCAGGUAUCGGCAGCCCUGGAACCCCUGCAGGCAGCUUUGUCUCUGCGUGGGGAUGACGUCCACUCACUCCACCUGCUGACCCUGCUGCUGAGCGCCCAGAAACACCACCGUCAUGCUCUGGACACCCUGAACCUGGCCCUGAGCCAGCACCCUGGCAACUUCAACUUGCUGUUUACUAAAGUGAAGCUUGAGGAGGUUCUGUUCGGCCCGGCUGCAGCCCUGCCGACGUGUGAGGAGAUGCUGCAGAGCUGGCAGAUCCGCUACGACGUCAGCCGCUCCAGUGAGACAGAUGACAGCAGCAGUAUACCGAUGGCUGAGAGGGUGGAGGUCAGCCCCGGAGCCCGGAAACCCUCUAUCCACCUCACCCUGCCGGACUUCCAGGACGCCUCCACAGGUUCGCCUAGCCCGUCGUCAGUUGCAGCUUCUCGUCUGGAAGCGGCGCUCUCCGAGGUGUCUGACCUCAGCUCCACUCGACGCCAAGGACCAAUGUACAUCUGGACCACGCUGGAACGGAUCUGGCUGCAGGCUGGGGAGUUGUUCAUGGCUGACAGCCGUCUAAAGGAGGCCCAGUUCUGCAUCGCAGAAGCCAGCGCACUCUUCCCAAAUUCUCACUCGGUGCUACUGCAGCGCGGCCGCCUGGCAGAGCUGCGGGGUCAACUGGACGAAGCUAAAGGCCUGUACGAUGAGGCGCUCGCCAUUAACCCCACAGGAGAGAACAUCCUCGUGCACAUGGGCCAUCUGUUGGUGAAAACCGAGCGUGUGCACCUUGGGGAGAAGGUUCUUCGUGAUGCAGUUCAGGUCCACAGCACCUCCCACGAGGCGUGGAGCGGCCUGGGUGAGGCCCUGCAGUCUCGAGGCUCUGCCCAGGCCCCUGAAUGUUUCCUGACCGCUCUGGAGCUGGAGGCUUCCUGCCCCAUCCGGCCCUUCACCACCAUCCCGAGGGAGCUUUAGGGGACCUAGGGGGGUUUGGGUUGAAGAAUUAGCAAGAAAUUGCAAGAAUACCGUACUCUGCUGAAGGAUGACACAUUUCAAGGACAGGUGGUACAAAUGUCUUUGAGAAACUUUCUUGUCUGGAGAGUGAAGAGGAGAUUAAUUCUGCUCAUCUCUCUGUUCAAUAUGCAGCUAAAGCCAGGAGGCUGUUAGCUUAGCUCAAGAACAACCAAAAAACAAAAACCCCUUCCUUCUCUCCUCCUUCUCCUGAAACCAUAAACAUUUUUAUUUUUACACUUUAUUUUUGUUUCAAUCAAAAUUUUAAGAAAUAACAUAAAAAACUUCAGAGAUUACUAAAGUAAUCUUCAAGUAGAGCCAGGCCCCCUGGUUUAAGCCUUUGCGCUAAGCUAAGCUAUGUUAACCUGGCUCUGGAUGUAGCUUUAAAUUCAUUAUCUAUGCUGUUGUAGCAGCCUUUUCAUGGAUUUCAAAGUCAACACAUUUAUCGUUGGUGGAAUUGUCCCCUUAUGCCUUGUAUGAGCAUGAAAAUAUAGUAAAAACAAAUUGUAUUUAUUAUUAUUAUUAUUUUCUCUGAACUGAAAAUGUUGCAAAGAAAACUGAUGUUUAUUUGGAUUUCAAGUCUGUUCGAGAAGAAAAAGAGAUUCAGCUCAUUUUCACAGAUAAGAAAGCAGUAUUUAAAUGUACAAUGAAACAAUGUUGUAACUGAUGUAAAUUUAUAUGUUAUAGUAAAAAUAUUGAGUAAUAUAUUUAAAAUCAGAAUAGCGUCAUUCUGUAUAGCUCAUAGAUUCAUCGUGAUCACCACAAUCAUAGGGAAGACAUUUUCCUCUGACGUCAUGCUCAGUGUUGGAAGCUGAAUUGCUGAUAAAAUGUCAUAAUGCAUCUGUUUUUGGAUUUAUAAUCAACUGAAGGGAAAGUAAGCCAUACUUGAGGUCUAAAGUAACAUAUAUGAUAACCUGUUGGCUUCUGUUAAACAGCAGCUAAUGUUAGCAUUGAAUAGUAACAGUGUUGUUUUAUGUGUCCGUGAGCCUCCAGAAAACGUGCAGAAAUACGAGCAGAGGGCAUCUGUUUGUAUCCAUGUGUGUAAAGCAUUAAAAAAAAGCCUUAGUGAUAACUCUGGUCAGAUUUUUAGAUUAUCACGCUGGAAUACAGCUAAAUGACAGUCACAGGGUUAUAUCAGCAUUUACUUUCUCCUGACAGUGACAUCAGAGGAAAACAGGUGCCGUGUGAGUGUGUUGAGUGUCAGAGGUGUGCUGGUUACAUCUUGUGGCAGAUUGUGUUGUUGUGUUCUAUAUGUGGAAACAUAGAUUAUGUAUAGGCUGUCAGUCUCUGCAGCAGCUCAUCUUUAUUUCAGCUCCUUGAUGUAUUUUUGAUGAUCAUGUUGAUUGACGCUGCUUUCAUGUACAUGCACAAUAAUACCUCCCCACCCUUAGAUCAUCCAAUGAGAGCUCUCCUGUCAUGGGCAUUCACACAUCAUUCCAUAUGUCACUAUAAUAUUUAUUAUUAUUAUUAUUAUUGUGUGCGUGUGUGUAUGUUUGUGUGUGUGUGCAUGUAUGUGUGUUUGUUUGAAGCAUUCCUAUGAGCUGUUUUAAGUCACAGUUUCCGUUUGAAGGCAACACAUCCGCUCAUAACACGUGUGUUGUUUUUUUCUUCAUCUUCCUAA